AUGACAGAGUCUUCUACCAGGCACACGAUUCGUCAGUGGACAGUAGCUGACAGCCAGGAUACAUGGACUGUAGUGAAACUUGGUAGUAAAAAUUACAUUAACCUGUUGUUUAAGGCUCUUCUUUUCCGACGGAGCUCUGCGCUCUUGUUUUCGGCUGCUAUGACAUGUGUUUUAAUAAAAACCGAAAGUAAUAUCACCUUGGCCAAGCUGUUCGGUGGAAUUCUUUGCUACUGUGCAUGUAUCUAUUUUUUCACUCUUCUUGGAUUUCUUUACUAUCUGUAUGGACCUCCUCUCCGUGACAUGUCGGAUGUCACCGGUGUUUAUCUAUCUGACCCAGACAAUAAUUUCUGGGUAGCAGUAUGUAAAGACAGAGUAGUCGGAACCAUUGCUAUUGUGAAAAAAGAUAAGCCUAAUUUCGAUAAAAAUGUGAAAAAGGUUGCCUGGCUACGUCGGAUGUUUGUUCACCCAAAUUACCGGAGACGUGGCAUUGCAAGAGAUCUUUUGAAUUCUUCCAUUGAGUUUUGUCGUAGACAAGGUUACGAUGCUAUUGAAUUAAUAACAACAGAAUGGGACAGUGACACCUAUGAUUUUUACAGGCCCAUUUUGUCUAGUGACAUCAAAACAGUUGCAGUCACUAAUACUAUAAUCACGUUCAUAAAGGCAUUCUUUUUCAGUUGUAUCUUUUGUCAGUUCAACACUUAA